UGUAUCUCUUUCCUGUACAAUCAUGCCCGGCAAAAUACGAAAGACGCCUCUCAUGGAAGCAGGUCGGGACUAUCUGGCAUUAGGCUUAGAGGGUUCUGCCAACAAGUUCGGUGCGGGAAUCAUGAAGCAUCCCAAGGACGGUGCAGCCACUGUUCUUUCAAAUAUCAGACAUACAUAUAUCACACCGCCUGGAGAGGGUUUUCAACCUCGAGAUACCGCCCUACACCAUAGAGAAUGGGCCUUGAAAAUAAUAAAUGACUGCCUUGCAAAAGCUGGUGUAUCUAUGCACGAGAUUGAUUGUAUCUGCUUUACCAAAGGACCAGGAAUGGGCGCGCCACUGCAAUCCGUAGCGCUAAUAGCUCGAACUCUUUCACUCUUGUUCAACAAACCCCUGGUAGGCGUGAAUCAUUGCGUUGGUCAUAUUGAAAUGGGUAGAGAGAUUACCGGAGCUCAAAAUCCUGUCGUCUUGUACGUCUCGGGGGGGAAUACUCAAGUAAUUGCGUAUUCGCGCCAGUGCUAUCGAAUUUUCGGUGAGACGCUGGACAUCGCUGUCGGAAAUUGCCUCGACCGUUUUGCUCGGAUUAUCAAUCUCAGCAAUGACCCUAGUCCUGGAUAUAACAUUGAACAGGAAGCAAAAAAGGGCAAACGUUUAGUAUCCUUACCGUACGCAACUAAGGGAAUGGAUGUCAGCCUCUCUGGAAUUUUAUCUGCAGUGGAAGCCUACACCUUAGACAAGAGAUUACAUGAAGAAGGCGCAGAAGAUAAAGAUCUGAUCACCCCUCAAGAUCUUUGUUUCUCCUUGCAAGAAACAGUCUUUGCAAUGCUUGUUGAAAUCACAGAGCGUGCUAUGGCGCACAUUGGGAGUAAAGAAGUUCUUAUUGUUGGGGGAGUCGGAAGUAAUGAGCGAUUGCAACAAAUGAUGGGCAUAAUGGCGCAUGAACGACAAGGUCAGGUCUUUGCUACAGAUGAAAGAUUUUGCAUAGACAAUGGGAUCAUGAUCGCUCAAGCCGGGCUUCUCAGUUAUCGCAUGGGUUAUGAAACGCCAUUGGCAAAAAGCACUUGUACCCAACGGUUCCGUACAGAUGAAGUUCACGUCGCCUGGAGAAAUUAA